GCCGGAUAUAUGCCUUAUGUGGAGCGUUUCUUUGUUGUUUUCCUUUUUUCCCUUCUGUCUGUCUGGGCGUGAAAGCGGCUUCGUCUGUGGGCUUGUCUGUGUCCAUUUGUUUGUACGGAAUAAUAAGCGGUCCUGCUUAGUCCUUCCGCCAGGGGGAAUUCGAGCGCUGUCACCUGGCAACGAUCGUGCCUUUAUUGGCUGGCCUGUGUCAGUUUCGGCUGAAAAACUGAAUGAAAUUCGUUUACUCGUGUGGAGUGGGCGUGUGUUGUUAGAUGAUGAACGUGUGUUAGGGAAGUCGGGAUCAAUGUAGCGCAGGGACGGUGUCUCCCCCGCGCACGCCGUGGCCUCGUCCUCCGCCAUAUUGAUCCAAGAGGCCGUCGCAAGAGCCGCCCGCUUAGGAGCUGGAAGCAGACCAGCGCUCAGCCAAAACUGGUCCCGUCAUCCGCAUUGUGUGCACUUCGCAGUGAAAUGUUGUGAUGUUUGAAAGUGAGAAAUAGAAAAAGGUUGAUUCUGAAACAUGUUCAGCUUCGCCAACAAAAUGCUGAACGCCCUCGUGGGCAACGAGGAGCCCACGUCAGGCACAGCGACUGGCACCAGUGUGCCAGGAGUGGCCCGCCCUCAAGGCCCAGGCCUCCCAAGGAUGGGGGCGCCUGGCGGACCUCGUGCACCAAUGCCUGGUAUGACAGGACCUCGGCCUCCGGGAACUAACACGGGCCUCGGGAUGAAUAUGCAUAGUGCUCCGGGCGCCUCAGGUGGUUCGGUCGGGCCAGGUGGCCCCAUGGCCCCAGGCGGCGUGAUGGGGCCCGGGACGGCGAUCGGACCCGGCGGGCCAGGCGGGCCAGGCGGGCCAGGCGGGCCUGGCGGGCCGGCCGGGCCCGUGGGUUCAAUGGGUCCGGGCGGAGCGGGGAUGCCCGGGGGGCCGCCCGGACCCAACGUCGCCGGAGGACCCAUGGGGCUGAACGGCCCCGGGGGCCCCGGCAUGAACCGGCCGCCGGGGCCAGGCAUGGGACCAAGACCCCCGGGCCCCCCCGGCAUGCCCGGACCAAUGGGACCAAGGGGCCCGCGACCCGGAAUACGAGGAAUGCCGCCGGGCAUGGGCCCAGGAGGGCCCCCCCGCGGCAUGCCCCCCGGCCCUCGCGGAAUGCCCCCGGGGAUGGGGCCCCUCGGACCACGUGGAUUACAGAUGAACGGCAUGGGGGUCCCCCGUGGACCGCGGCCCGGGAUGAUGGGCCCUGGCGGGACUCGCGGACAGGCGCCAGGACCCGCUGGCCCGGGAGGAACCAGCUCGCCGGCCCACAUGGGACCUCCAAGGCAGCGUCCACCUCUCACAGACCCGAGCGGGAAGGGACCCCCGGCCAUGGUUCCUACGGCGCACGGUCCGCUCCUCCCGCCCUCCGCAGCCGAAAACACAUUUAAUUCCCUACAAGACAAUGCGAUGAAAGGCUUAACUGGACAAGAGAUGCUGAACAAAGCGAGAGGAAACGUGGACAAAAAACCCGGCAUUUUCAGACAGGGUUCAAUGGGGCAAGAACCUGGGGGGCACACUAACAAUCUCGGUUCGGGGUUGAACGCAAACAUGACGCAAGAUAAGUUAGGUCCUCUCGCGCCCGGGAACUCUCAAGCAUGGCCCUCAACAGCCACGCAAGGGCCAACAAACACAACUCAGGGGCUACCUCAUUCUACAUCUCCUCACCCUGGUAACAAAGGUCCAACAAAUACCCCCGACGUGGAUCUGAGUCAGCUGAGCGAGGAAGAGCGAGCCAUCAUUGAGAGCGUCAUGGCGAAGGCGCAGGAAAUGGAGACCCAUGACACGCCCACUAAGCGAAGUACUGAUGAGGCACAGCGGCUUCGGCUUGAGACCGGCAUGAUGGGAGACAAGAGCCAGCAGCAGCAGCAGCAACAGCAGCAGCAGCAGGAGCAGGCGCAGAAACAGCAGGCGCAACAGCAGUUCCAGCAGAGACUUUCAGGAAUGUUCGGACCUCAAGCUGAGAUGCGGCCGGGUCCUCAGGGCUACCAACCGGACACGCUGCACCAGGGCCAGCUUGGCGCUGACCAUGCCGCGGGGGUCCUGGGCCCAGGAGCCGCCGACCCGAGGAGAGGGCAGCUCCGCACGCAGGCGUCUCUGGAGGGGCACCUUCACGGCACGGGCAUGUUGCGGAGUCCCGCGGACGGCCAGGACACGAGAACGACCUCAGGGGCCGCGGCGACGACCCUCUCCGGCGCGACGAGCACGAUGGGCGGCCGCAUCCCGGUGGGCGGGGUCAAGCUGCCGGGGAUGAACGAGGUGCAGAGCGGGGCGCUGCAGUCCAACCUCGCGCAGAACAAGAUGCAGGCGGGGCUCGGCCAGCAGGACAUGCACCACCUGCAGCAGCAGGCGAACCAGGCGCAGAUGGGGCAGAUGAAGCCGCAGACCAUGCAGGACGCCGCCGGCAACCUGGUGCCCAGCGCGGGCGGCCCCAACGCCCAGGGCACGAGUAGCGUGACGCCCGGCAUGAGCACCGUCACAUCGAGCGCCCACGACCCGCUGUCGGCCAGCAAGCCCUUCGGCCCGGGCGCGCAGCAGCCCGGUCUCAUGAAUAACCAAAUGAACACGAACAUGAGUAACAUAGUGAGUACCCAACCCAACAGCCAUAUCAGUAACGCCGUUAGUAAUCAAACUAACACCCAAAUUAGCUCACAGAGUUCACUACAAAACAAUAUGAACGCUCAGAGCAACCUUCCAAUGGACCCCUCGUUAAGCACACAACAAGGAACAUUUUUACAAAAUCAAAUGCAGAAUAAUCAAUUACAAGCCAACAACAUGUUCGGCAACAAAAACCAGGGCGCCCAGAUGCAAGGGUCGCAGAUGCCAGGUCAGAUGGGGAUGCAGAUGCAAGGGCAGUUUAGCGCGGGCAGCCUGCCGGGCACACAGAUAGGCAACCACAUACAGCCCGGGGGAACCUUACCGAACCAACACAUGUCGAACCAGCCUAACCAGAUGACCGACGUGGGUCAGAUGAACCAGAUGAACCAGAUGCAGAAUGCGAUGGGUGCGCACGACAGCAAAAACAUUUCUAGCCUCAUUCACGGGCCACAGAUGCAGACCAGACAGCAGCAGAACCCACAGCAGCAGCAGCAACAGCAGCAGCACAGCUCAACAGCGUCGUCAGCUCUUAGUGGUUUGAGCAGUCUCUUCGGCCUGCAGAAGAACCGACCAGCAGGCCUCAUUGGCGAUCUAUUUAAAGGAAAAGGAGAUGGAUCUAGCCAGCAGCAGCAACACCUGCAACAGCAGCAACAACAUCAACAGCAUCAGCAUCAACAACAACAGUUACAACAACAGCAGCUUCAACAACAACAGCAGCACUCCAACAGGACCUUCAACAACAAACUUUACACCAACAAAAUCUACAACAGCAACAGCAAAAUUUGCAACAACAGAUGA